CGAAAUGAUUUCUUCCUUGGCAGCGAUCACCGGAGGGCCUUCAACUUUCCGGCGUGAUCCCGAUUCAAACACUCUCAGGCUUUCACGCAGGAAAACAUUAAUCUCUGUAUUACGAAGCUGCAAGAACAUUGCCCAUGUUCCAUCGAUUCACGCCAAGAUCAUUAGGACCUUCCAUGACCAAGAUGCUUUCGUUGUUUUCGAACUUAUCCGUGUUUGCUCCACUCUCGAUUCCGUCGACUACGCCUACGACGUGUUUAGUUACGUAUCUAACCCUAAUGUAUAUCUAUACACUGCUAUGAUCGAUGGUUUUGUGUCAUCUGGUCGUUCUGCUGAUGGAGUUUCGCUGUAUCAUCGGAUGAUUCACAAUUCGGUUUUGCCUGAUAACUACGUGAUCACCUCAGUUUUGAAAGCUUGUGAUUUGAAGGUAUGUAGAGAGAUUCAUGCCCAGGUUUUGAAACUAGGGUUCGGGUCUAGUAGAUCGGUAGGGCUAAAAAUGAUGGAAAUCUACGGGAAAUCUGGGGAAUUGGUGAAUGCUAAGAAGAUGUUCGAUGAAAUGCCUGACAGAGAUCAUGUUGCAGCAACGGUCAUGAUUAAUUGUUAUUCUGAAUGCGGUUUCAUUAAGGAGGCGUUAGAGCUUUUUCAAGAUGUUAAGAUUAAAGAUACGGUUUGUUGGACUGCGAUGAUUGAUGGGUUGGUUAGAAACAAGGAGAUGAACAAAGCGUUGGAGCUUUUUAGGGAAAUGCAGAUGGAGAAUGUUAGUGCUAAUGAAUUUACAGCUGUCUGUGUUUUAUCCGCAUGCUCGGAUUUAGGUGCGUUGGAGCUCGGGCGGUGGGUACAUUCGUUUGUUGAGAACCAAAGGAUGGAGCUUAGUAAUUUCGUAGGUAAUGCGUUGAUCAAUAUGUACUCCAGGUGUGGUGAUAUCAAUGAGGCAAGGCGGGUUUUUAGGGUAAUGCGAGACAAAGAUGUCAUAUCAUAUAACACGAUGAUUUCUGGAUUAGCAAUGCAUGGGGCUAGCGUUGAAGCUAUCAAUGAAUUUCGGGAUAUGGUGAACAGAGGAUUUAGGCCGAAUCAGGUGACUUUAGUUGCUCUUUUAAACGCAUGUAGCCAUGGAGGUUUGUUGGAUAUAGGGCUUGAAGUAUUUAAUUCUAUGAAGAGAGUUUUUAAUGUUGAACCUCAGAUUGAGCAUUAUGGAUGUAUUGUCGAUCUUCUUGGUCGAGUGGGGCGACUAGAGGAGGCUUACAGAUUCAUAGAAAAUAUUCCAAUAGAGCCGGAUCAUAUCAUGUUAGGAACUCUUUUGAGUGCUUGUAAGAUCCAUGGAAACAUGGAACUCGGUGAAAAAAUCGCUAAGAGACUAUUCGAAUCUGAGAAUCCAGAUUCUGGGACAUACGUUCUCUUAUCAAAUCUUUACGCUUCAUCUGGGAAAUGGAAAGAAUCUACAGAAAUCAGAGAGAGUAUGAGAGAUUCAGGGAUUGAGAAGGAACCAGGAUGCAGUACUAUCGAAGUGGACAAUCAGAUCCAUGAGUUUCUUGUGGGAGAUAUAGCACACCCUCAUAAAGAAGCAAUUUAUCAGAGAUUACAAGAACUGAAUCGAAUUCUUAGAUUCAAAGAGAAUCAAAUAGAUAUUAUAAUGGGUUUCUAG